CGCUUCCUAUUUCAGCUACAAACACAGAAAUAGCAAUUACUUGUGGAUACAGAAUUCAGAACAUCAAGUCAGGAUUUUAAAAUGUCUCAUCCAGUCACAGGACAGCCACAGGUUAUUACCACAACAUAUACUUCCACAUAUCCAUCUUCCUGGAGCACAGGACUAAUGAGUUGUUGCGAGGACAUGGGGAUCUGUCUAUGCGGAACAUUUCUUCCUUGUGUCCUGGAAUGUAAAGUUGCACAGGACUUUGGAGAAUGCUGCUUACUUCCCUGUCUGCCAGGAACAUUCAUUCCCAUACGCACAGGAACAAGGGAGCGUUACCAUAUUAAGGGGAGUGUGUUAGAAGACUGGGUCUAUACCUGCUGCUGCCCUUUGUGUUCUCUAUGUCAGGUUGCACGAGAACUUAAAGCAAGACGAUGAAUUCAACAAAACCAAGAAGCCAUCUGUGAAGUUUCAACACUCUUCUGUGUAACAUGGCACAGUCAUUUUGUCUAAAUCUUGAAUUCUAUUUCUUUGUAUUAAUAUUUUCUCAUAAUAACAUAAAGCAAUGAAAUUUAAAAUGCAAGUAAAUUGUUUUAUUAUAACAUGUUUAAAAGAAAUGAUAACUGGAGCAAAGUCAUCAAGUGUAUACAAAAGAUGUAACAUUCGAUGGGCUAAAACUGCACUCCUCUAAAAAAAUCUGUUCUCCAUUCUUUUUGAUGAAGGCCCCAGUACGUGGAGAAUUUUAAAUGUGUCUGUUAACUGUAAAGAAAUACAUUUGCUUACCACAAAUACACUGCAGUAUUUUUUAGAAGUUAAAAGAGCCCAGGCUACAGUGUUAUCAAAAUUUCUACCUUCUCAUGACUCUCAAACAUGAGAAGUAGAAGUCAUUUUUCAUCCAUAUUGUUGCAGCAAAGACAAAGCAAAUAAUGCAAUUAAACAUGAUAUCUUCAAUUUUGCCAACAAGACUGCUUAAACACAGAGGUAUGGGUAUUUGCAUAAAUCUCUUAUGUUUCUUCAUAAAAUCAUUUUAGUAACUGCUGCCCUAAUAAAGUGUCAUUCUUUUUCAUCUCAGAUGUUGGUAGAUAAUAUUGCGU